GUCUCAGUCUGCGCCCGUUGUCAACCCCGUUGAACCCGCCAUCACAUUGCGUUCCAUAGAAAUCAUGAUUUCCUCACCCGCGAAACGCCUACUUACGGAGGAUGAGCGCAUUUCUAGGAUUGGUUCGGAAAUACAUAGCAAUAAUGCGUGAGUAGCGGAUACCUUGCAUGACCUUGCAAUGCAUAGACCCAUCAAGCAACAGCACUCCAUCCGACGUGACUGCGAACAUCCGCAACGCGGCAAUGAGAGGCAGAAAGAGUGAGCUUCAUUAUGGCGAGGUACAGCGCGUCACUAAAGAAAAAUGACGCGUAUGCGCACGCGUAACGUAGAUGUUUUAGAGGGUUACCGUACUCAGCCCCCGGCCCCCAGCACAGCAAACAGCUCCCCAGCAAAGUAUAGCCCAGCUCUUCAUCUGGAAGAGAAAGUUUGGCCAUGCGCAAAUGAUACACUGCGAGAAGUGUUUGCACCUGCGACCUCCGGCAAAUAUACUCCUACGUCAUCUCCCACAAAGCGUAGACGCUCCGAGGCACAUGAUGACCUUGCCUCGGACAGCGAAUCAUCAGCUGACCAUAUGGAUAUUGAGAGGCCCAUGAAACCUUUGCGGUCAUCUAGAGGAAAAUUGAUGGCUGCCCUAGCUCUGCCUCGUGGACUAACCAGUCCUGCUGGCGGCGCGGAAAUGACUCGUGUUCAAGAGUGCUCCGUAGCACAAGAUCACAAUACGCAUUCCAUUAUGGAUGUUGUCGGGUCAACUUCGCAAACGAUGCCGCUUUAAACUAUGUAGUGAUCUCGGGACAAUGACCUGCAGCACCGGAGGUGAGUCACUUUGCAAAGGAGGUUAAGUUCCUUAGCACCACUUACGAAUUGCAGUGCUCAUGGAUGAUCAAGGACAGGCCUGUUUUUAUACAGGUGUUUUGCACGCCUUCUGUUUGGACUGUGGGAGGUUGAAUGACCGUGUUAUGUAUGUAACUUGCUGUAAGAUGGCAAGCAAAACAUGAAGGAUAUACAUAUAUUCGCGUACUAGCAACACUCACGCACAUCUGACAGAAAUCUCAGGCAAGCAAAUCUCCUUGGCAUGGACAAAGUCAAGAUGUAACGUGUGGACCAUUGAUCCUUGCCUCAACCAUGCUUUUCUCGCGCAUUGUUCCGCCAUCACGAUGAGCCCUUGUGGUGAGGACAGACGAUGCGUACGU